GCGGUAGGACCCAGCGGAGUCUGUGGGGGGCGGUAGAGGCUCUGGGCCGCGUUCCGAGGCCGGCGGCGGCUGCAAACGGGGAGUCCCUUUUACACGGGACGUUGCAGCUUUAUUGUAGUCCCUUGCCGCUCCGUGUACGGUCAACCCUAGGCGUCUCGGCCCAUUGCAACCUCUGCCAAAGGCUGCAUUGGUCACCCUCCCCGGUGCACGGGAGCAUGAGGGGCGUGUAGGUCGAUGCUGAGGUUCCUCUCCUCAUCUUCGAGUCCCAAACAUUGCAUUGUUCCACUUAAACCUCCUCAACUACUGCAUAAUUCCCCCCUCCCUCCUCUCGCCCACUGCAUUUCACCAGGAGGUUUUGAAUUUAAGGACAACAUUAUUUUGUUUAAAUCAUCUUCCAAGCUUGGCCAUCCUCCUGUCUGUCGACUCUUUUACUGAGGAAAACGAAGCCCUUAGUUCCAGCCGAGCCUGACUUUCCACCGCUCGAUCCAAUCUCUCUGUACUCCCUCUGUUGCAACUUGUCCAAACCAGUCUACAAUAGUCCCACUACUGGCCUGGCCACAAGUUUACAGGCUGGGACGACCUACCGAGGUGGCAGGCAUGGACGCGAUGGGUUGAGUGGCCUUUUCCAUGCUGUGCCUGUACUCUGUGACCGGGUGGUUACUGCAUCUGUCGUCCUGACGCCACCCUUUCUGUUCACUUCUGGAUCAAAACCUGUAGCAGGUGCUGGGGGAAGCGGACUCAAAUGGCCAUGCGGAGAGGUGUUGACAAAACGGAGAGCCAGCACGGCAAGUGGACAUUGUCCAGCAGUGAUGAGGACGCAGAGCCCACCCCGGGAGUCUCUACCCCGUGGAUGCGUCUGGGCCGGAUGGACGGAGUGUCCGACUCCGACGCAACGGUCAUCGACGACGAAGAGUUCGACUUGUCGACCGUCGGCCGGUCAAAGGCGGCGGCGGAAACGGCGGAGCGACCUUUGCCCUCCGCCCAGCCCCCCGCACGGGCAUUGACCGGGAAGCCCGUCAAAAGCCAACGGACCUCCCCCUCGGCCAAACGCCCGACACCCCCCUCCGAGCUGGGCUGGGGGGUGUCCAGUAGCGACGAGGAACCUGAGACCAAAGUGGGAUGCGGGGGGAUCAAGGAGGAGGAGGGGAGGGUGAGGGUCAAGGAAGAGGGGGUGAGGGAGGAGAGGGUGAGGGAUGGGGGAGUGAGGGAUGUUGGAGUGAAGGAAGAGAGCCCUGGCCCAACGCCGAAGAGGCGACGCGUGGAAGAAUGUGAACACCGUAUGUCCUCGGAGGUGGCAGGGAAUUCCGAAAGGGGGAUGGCUGGAGGAACGUUGGAUAAAUGGGACCUCCUGGGGAAGGCUCAAAAUUUCAGCUUCUACCUGACGAGAGUCUCCGGCAUCUCCGCCAAGAACAACGCCUGCGCCCUUCACAUUAAAGAUAUUUUAUCGCCACUCUUUGGGACAAUAACUGCUUCUGCUCAGUUCAAUUACUGCAUUGAUAUCCCUUGGCUCAUGGAGCAGUACCCAGAAGAAUUUAGGACCAAGCCGUUGUUGAUUGUCCAUGGCGAGCAACGGCUGGCCAAAGCACGCCUACACGAGGAGGCUCACCCUUAUCCCAACGUCCGCCUGUGUCAGGCGAAGUUGGAAAUCGCCUAUGGAACACAUCAUACGAAAAUGAUGUUGCUUUUAUAUGAAGAAGGUUUCCGAGUUGUGAUCCACACCUCUAACUUGAUCCAUGGCGAUUGGCACCAGAAGACCCAGGGGAUAUGGCUGAGCCCACUGUAUCCACGGUUACCGGACGGCAGUCCCGAAACAGCUGGAGAAUCUGCCACCAGGUUCAAACGGGACCUGAUCGAUUACCUGGCAUCGUACCGGUCAACUGGGCUGAACGAGUGGAUUGGACACAUAAAGCAGCACGACCUGUCACUGACCAGAGUUCACCUCAUUGGCUCCACACCUGGUCGUCACCAAGGCAACGAGAAGCAAAAGUGGGGCCACUUAAAACUCCGAAAGGUGCUGAGCAACUGCAAUUCAUCCGUGCCGAACCAGGAAUUGUGGCCCCUCAUUGGCCAGUUCUCCAGCAUCGGCUCCCUGGGAGGCGAUGAAACAAAAUGGCUGUGCUCGGAGUUUAAGGAGAGCCUUGCGACACUAGGCCCAAAUCAGAGACAGUUCGUCAGCCUAAAGCCGGCUCCUCUUCAUUUGGUUUAUCCGACAGUCGAGAACGUCAGAACAAGUUUGGAAGGAUAUCCAGGUGGAGGUUCUCUUCCCUACGCCAUUGACACAGCCCAGAAACAGCCCUGGCUGCCCACAUUCAUGAACCGCUGGUCGGCGGAGGUCACAGGUCGAAGCCAGGCCCUGCCCCACAUCAAGACGUACAUGAGGGCUUCGCCAGAUUUCGGAGAGCUCGCGUGGUUUCUCGUCACCAGCGCCAACUUGUCCAAGGCUGCCUGGGGAACGCUGGAGAAGAACGGCUUCCAGCUGAUGAUCCGCUCGUACGAACUGGGAGUUCUGUACCUGCCUGAGGCCUUUGGAAUGGAAUCUGGUCGCUUCCUGGUUCGGAGAGAUCCAUCGCUGGACUGCAAGCCCUCAGUGAUGCCAUUUCCUGUCCCUUACGACCUCCCACCUCAGCGCUAUGGCAACCGAGAUCGCCCAUGGAUUUGGAAUAUUCCAUACCUCCAUGCUCCCGAUACCCACGGCAACGUCUGGGCUCCGUCAUAGGGAGCGGGAGACCCUGUUGUGGAUCCUAGUCCCAGACGGAUGGAUACAAUUGAAACAUCAGCGCAUUUCACCCUGGCCCACUGAACCCUUGUGCGGUUUUCUCUUUGUCGAGUCGUUUACACGUGUGUGUGUGUGUGUUUUUGCAGAAUAAAGAUUUUGGUACACAAUUA